AUGAUAGCUGGAACAUCAUACCAUAGGGCCCAGCUCAACGCCCAUAUCGCCAGCAUGUGCACCGAGGGUGUCGUGGACGAGGACACAUUCAAGGAGCUGCGGGACGAGGGCACCGCCGUCGAGGUCUCCCGCCUCUUCAUCUACGACGCCUCCGAGAUCAUCGGUGACAUCGACAUCCUGAUGUCCGCCCCCACGCCAUCUAUCAUCUCUCCCUCUGCUCUCUAUCUCGGGGGGGAGCCCGAAGUGGACUUUGACGAGGUGGAAGCCCUGACGCAGCAGCUCAUGUGGUGCACCUCCAGGUGA